UCAACGAACGGAAAUGAAAAACCGGAGAAGCUGGUUAGUCGCUUCGGUCAGUUGCUCAUUGCUGAGAACGGCCGUCGAAGAUAUUACGGCGCCACGAGUAACCUCCACCUCACCCAAAGCAAGCCUCUUGGUCUAUUGUUGUGAGCCAACCAUACGCAUGAUGUCUUUUCAUGGUGAGGUUGAGCUUGCGCGCUCUGGAUUGCAGUGUAAAAGCGAUGCUACGUACGAAGACCAUCUCACUGACUUCUUCUUUGCAUGGCACAACUCACUCCUCUGUAUUCUCAAUGAAGCCGUGUUACCACCACCGGGAAUUGUAUCGGUUGGGAGUGUUGACAGCUUACUUCCACCGGCACUGGAAACACCAUCCUGGCCUUAGGCGCCUCCCACUCCGGUCGAAUUCUUCCAGGUGUCGCUAUCCCGGCGGAGUUCUUCGCAUACCGUGCAAAGAUAUUGCUCGAUAUUGAGAUGGAUAGCCCAAGUAUGGCCACUUUGCAAGCAUUGGGAGCUUUAUUGGCCAACUAGGCAGCAUUUGCACGGGAUUCUCGAAGCUCGCUGUAUAUAGGGAUGGCUGUUCAACUGCUGUCGGACUUGGGACUCCACCUCGAUCUGGCCGUCACUUUCGAUUCUAAAGAGACUCGGCAGAAC